CAUUUCUCAUCCACUCUCCAGUCGUCAUCAUCCCCCCCUCGUUGACCUCAGGAGCAUACUCGUGCUUUGCUCAAUCGAAGGACAAUAGCCAUAGAGAGCUCGAUUCGACAGAUAUAUAUACAACACAUACCUCGAGUCUGUGUGACCAGUACAUUCCCGACAAAUUGACUCGUCGGCGAGUAACAUUACGGGAAUUCUAGACCUUUUGAAGCCAACAAGGAAAAUCAAUUUUCAACCCAUUCUUUUGGAGCAGCUUUCAACAAAACAAUACAUUGUACUGUCAUUCACACAAUGUCACAACAUAAAGCGAGAUUCACCUGGGGUGUAGGACCAGAAAAGGUCUUCGUCGCUGGAGGUUUCAACAACUGGUCGGGCGAUGCGUCACCACUGGAGAAGCAGGCCGAUGGAACUUUUGCCGGUGAAUUCGAGGUUCCGUGGGGAGAGAAGCAGGCGUUCAAAUAUGUCGUUGAUGGAGAGUGGAAAGUCCGGGAAGACGAGGCGAAGGAGUGGGAUGCCGCUGGAAACAUGAACAACGUCUACACUGCUCCACACAAACCAGAGGCCGCUGAGACAGCUACCGCACCUGCCCCCGCUGCGGCCACCACUACCUCCACUUCCGACUCUACGACCGCUCAACACGCUCCCGAAACUCUUCUGGCCUCCAGUGCUCCCGCCGCUGCUGGCUCAUCAGAAGCUAGCACCGCUGCCCCCGUCGCCGCUGAGACUACACCUGCUCAGAUCGAAAAGACCGCUGCGAACACCGAUAUUGGCGCUUCCUCUACUGCUCCUCAUGAGGACCGCUUCAUGAGCGAAGAAGCCAAAGAAGUUCUCGAAAAGGCUGCUGAGAUCGGAGCUGGAGCCCUUGCUGCUCUGGGAGCCGCCGUCGGAGGAGCCGUCGUCGCUGCUGAGAAGGCUAUCGGCGUCGAUGUCACUCACUCUCAACCUAUGUCACUCGACGAGGCCAAAGCCCAGGGGAUCGAUGUCAACGCUCUGGAAGAGAAAGAAGCCCCCACCGAUGCCGUUUCUCCCGUUGGAACCAAACCCUCCGCAGAUGGGAUCGCCGCCUUGGAAGAGAAGGCUAAGGAGCUCAAGUUGGACUCGCACGAGCCUACCACUGGCUCCUCUGCCGCCGCUGUAUCUUUGAGCGAGGCUCUCAAGUCCGAUGACGUUGAGAUCGUCAAGCACGACAUCCCCGCUCAGGACGAAACGACAGACAGCCACAAGACUGUUCCUGCACCUAUCAUCGUGGCCGUUGGCCCUCCGGACGCCAUCAAGGACCGAUCUUUGAACGGAGCCGCUCCCGGUACCACCACGGAUUCCGUCGGAACCAAACCUAUCGACAGUGCCCCUGAUGUCAGUGCCGUCGAAGCCAAACGUGAUGCCGAGCAGCACCCUGCAUUGACCGGCUCUACACCCGCUGCCGCUCAGGGUAAAAUCACCGACGCCGUCACCCCGAGUCAAUCUACCGCGACUGAGGGUGGGCUCAACUCUGAAGUCGUCGAAGCUGGAGCUGCCGUCUCUCAAGCUCACGGCGCUACUGGAACGACCUUGGCUCAUGCCAAGGAGACCAGCACCGCUACCACCGCGACUACCGACUCUAACGCUGGUGUCGCCCCACCUGCUACGCCCGCAAAGAAGGCGCCCGUCACUGCUGCUAGUACACCUGCCAAGAGUACUACAAGUACACCUGGCAAAGAUGCCGACGGCCGAAAGAGGAAGACCAGCUUCUUCAAGAAGAUGAAGGAAGCAUUUUCUUCUCCCAAAGACAAGGAAAAGAAGUAGAAGCUUGAUCGUGCUGCGGGUAGAGUUUGGGGGUUUUGUGAAAAUCGGUGGACGGUGACACGGUGACACGGGUAUCUUGGAAGAAUCAUCUCGUCUAGACCUUUUUCCUUUUCUGUUUCUUCUCUUUUCUUCUUCUUUCCUCAUUCUUCUUGCCCGUUCCUAAAUUCCGCUUUCCUCUUUCUCUCUCUCUCUUAAUACUCCACGGGACGAUGUGGAACUCUUCUCUCCCCUUUGCUGAACACUCGUUGCUAGAGGACGAAGCGAUUUGUGCCUGCUUUUCAUUUCUAUUACCUUCUUUUCCUCUUUUCCUGUAUCUUUGUUCCGUCUCCUUCCCUACGUCUCGUAAAUGAUAUGCUAGAGCCUCGAGGCUACGGUGUCUGAUCACAAAAGACAUGGAUCAUUGACAUAUCAUUACGUCG